CAAGGCAAAGUACAAUAAUGAACCCCAUAACCAUUUCAGCUCGAAGAAAAGAAGCAAGAAGAAAAAGAAGCAUGAAGAUAAAGAACAAAGGUAAAGUAUACCCAUCUCCCUCUCCUCCUUCUUCCUCUUCAGACGGGGACUAUCUUUCUUUGCUGAAGCUUCUACCUGCGGCCAUUAUUGCUCUUGUAUCUGUCCUCCCUCUCGAGGACCGUGAUGUUUUGGCUUAUCUUAUAACCAGGUCAAUCAAAACAACAACUGCAACAACUUUGUCUUCAUCGAUCACCCAGAGGAAGUCGUCGAAGAGGACUGCCGCUGCAAAUGGUAGCAGCAGCAACAACAACGGCAACGGAAACGCUCUUACUACUCAUAAGCCUCCUAUGUUUGAUUGCGAUUGUUUUGACUGCUAUACCAGUUACUGGUUCAGAUGGGAUUCUUCUCCGAACCGGGAGCUUAUUCACCAAGCCAUUGAAGCCUUUGAAGAUCACUUGACCAACGGUGAAGCUCAGAAGUCUAAGAAAAAUGGGAAAGCCAAGAGAAGAGACAAAACGGCACGCCGUUUUGGUUCCGAGAAUAACAACCCGGGUAAACCCGAAAGCUCUGUUCUUAAAAAAGAACUUGAAGACUCCAAACAACCAACCGAUAACGUUACUGUUGUUGCUGAGGAGGUCUUGUCAGACGACGACGUGUCACUCGUGAGUUCGCCCAUAGAAGAGGUUGAGAAAAACGAGGUGAUAGAUUUCUCCGGUGGGUCCUUGCCAGCGGCGGACGAGACGACGACAGAGUUUGUACGAGCAACGGCGGCGGGAGGUAGCUGCUGCAGCAACCACAAGGGUUUGGCUAGAAAAGUGCUGCCGGACGUGUUAGGGUUAUUCAAUUCUCGUUUGUGGUCGCUUUGGAGUCCGAAUGCUUAAGGUCAAUAAAAAUGAAUUUUUUAUUUUAAAAACACUUUCUUUUUUUAAUUUCCGAGCCGAGAGCCCACAAAAAAAAAAAUUAUUAGCGGGAAAAACAAAUUUGUUCUAUUUUUGCGAUGAAAUGUUCCCUUUCCUUUUACUCUAUAUUGUUCCUUAAUUUGGCUGGAUUGUGAAUUCGGUUGCAGGCAAGAAGUCACUUCAGAAAAAUAUGUUUAUGAAUGAAUAAGAAUAACUUUCUGGGUGAUUAAA